UUUCUCUCUUCUCUCUCUAUGUUAGCAAACAUAAUAGCAGAAGCAACCAGACAGAAGAAUAAGCAGAAGCAAAAGCUUUAUAUCAAGAAAAACUCAAGAGAAAGAGAUAGGUCCAAAAGAAAGAAUAAAGAAAGGGUCAAGAGAGGUUAUUUCUGCCAUGGAAGUUAGUCGCAAAAUGGCCAACAUGCUUGGAACUGAGCGUGGUUUGAACUUCAAAGAGACUGAGCUGUGUCUUGGAUUGCCUGGUGGAGGUGGUGGAAAUGAAGUGGAAAGUUCUCCAAAGACUACUGGGAAAAGAGGCUUCUCUGAGACUGUUGAUUUGAAGCUUAAUCUUCAGUCCAAGGAAACUGGCAUGGAUCUGAAUAACAACAUAGAGAAAGGUUCACAAGAAAAAAACCUCCUCCCUCCUUGCACCAAAGAUCCUGCAAAACCACCAGCCAAGGCACAAGUUGUGGGUUGGCCACCAGUUCGAUCUUACAGGAAGAACAUUAUGGCUAACCAGAAGAAUAGCAGUGAGGAAAGUGAGAAAGCUAGCAGUGGCAGUGUCAGUGGCGGUGCAGCUUUUGUGAAGGUUUGCAUGGAUGGUGCCCCAUAUCUGCGGAAGGUAGAUUUGAAGAUGUACAAGAGCUACCAAGAGUUAUCUGAUGCCUUGGCUAAGAUGUUCAGUUCCUUCACUAUGGGUAAUUAUGGAUCUCAAGGAAUGAUAGACUUUAUGAAUGAGAGCAAGUUGAUGGAUCUUCUCAACACUUCUGAUUAUGUGCCAACCUAUGAAGAUAAGGAUGGCGACUGGAUGCUCGUGGGUGAUGUCCCAUGGGAGAUGUUUGUUGACUCGUGCAAACGCUUGCGCAUAAUGAAAGGGUCAGAAGCAAUUGGACUUGCUCCAAGAGCAAUGGAGAAAUGCAAGAGCAGAACCUAAACCAUAUACCUAGCCUUUGUCCAGCUGCAUGGCUCUUUUCCAAGUUACUGUAACUAGAUCCUGGAAUCGAGCAAAAGACGAGCUGGUGCAGCUUCUUUGGACGUGUCUCUCUGUCUGUCUGUCUAUUUUUAUUUCAAUAUAUUUGAUAAGAUCCUGGAAUAGAGCAAAAGGCUAGCUGGCUGCAGCUUCUUUGAAUGUGUCUGUCUAUUUUUAUUUCAAUAUAUUUGGUAUAUAGAUAUGCAAAAAGAUAUGGGACAUUUGUGA